CCGUCCCGCCACCCGUGCGUGCACUUUCGUUCCCACUCUCGUUCUCGUUUCCGGCCUCAGUCGCUCCUUCGCUGUGGGUCGUCCGACCUUCGUUUCAUCCUAACAGCUGCGCAUUGGCGUCCAGUCGCUGAUUGCCCAUUAUUCAGCCUCGCCGACUCCCACCCAUUUGUCCCAGCACGUCUCGCCGUCAGUAACCUCUUCGGGAAAGUUCUGACUGUUCGGCCCAAUUUCUAUAACUUGCUCCAUCCUCUCUGCUCUCUUCAUCCUCCCUUUCCUUCUGUAUCUGCGUUGAAAUACCCCCCCUUCGAAAGAAAGACACCCCCGUCUGGAACAAGUGAACAACCACUUCAAAUGGCUACUGCAACAGCAACCCGGACCUUUUCCAAGGCCGUCGCGCGCAGCACCGCUUCGGCCACCUCGACCCUCCGCCUCGCCGCCCGCUCCUCAAGAUCCAAUGCCGCCGCCAAACAGUUCUUCCAACAGUCCUCCCGCCGUCACUACUCCUCCGAGUCGACUCCCCCGAAAUCCUCAAACGCGACCGCCAUUUACGGCAGUGUAGCAGCCGCCGCCGCUCUCGCAGGAGGCUACUACUACUUCACCACUCAGAGCACGGCCGGACAGGGCAAAACGAUUCUCCUCGAGAGCGCCCCGGAGGCUUUGAAAAAGGGCAGCGCAGGACAAUCCGCCGGGGUCUUCAAGCCCACGGUGGAGGAUUACCAGAAAGUCUACAACGCCAUUGCGAAGCAGCUGUGGGAGAAAGAUGACUACGACGACGGCAGCUAUGGUCCUGUCCUCCUCCGUCUCGCGUGGCACGCCUCAGGUACAUAUGACGCCGCCACGGGCACCGGCGGGAGCAACGGCGCCACGAUGCGCUUUGCCCCGGAGUCCGAGCACGGCGCCAACGCCGGCCUGAAGAGCGCGCGUGACUUCCUCGAGCCCAUCAAGGCCCAGUUCCCCUGGAUCUCGUACUCGGACCUGUGGACGCUCGCGGGGGUCUGCGCCGUCCAGGAGAUGUCCGGGCCCAUCGUCCCCUGGAGGCCGGGCCGCCAGGACAGGGACGUGGCGUUCUGCACGCCCGACGGGCGCCUGCCCGACGCGUCCAAGGGCCAGGACCACAUCCGCGCCAUCUUCGGGCGCAUGGGCUUCAACGACCAGGAGAUGGUGGCCCUGUCCGGUGCGCACGCCCUGGGCCGGUGCCACGCCGACCGCUCCGGGUUUGACGGGCCGUGGACCUUCUCCCCGACCGUCUUCACCAACGACUACUUCCGCCUGCUGAUGGAGGAGAAGUGGGGGUGGCGCUCGUGGAAGGGGCCCAAGCAGUACGAGGACGCAACCACCAAGAGCUUGAUGAUGCUGCCCACUGACGUGGCCCUGAUCAAGGACCCGAUCUUCAAGCAGUGGGUCGAGAAGUACGCCAAGGACGGCGACCUGUUCUUCAAGGACUUCUCCAACGUGCUGUGCAAGAUGUUCGAGCUGGGCGUGCCCUUCCAGUCGAAGCCCGAGGACCGGAUCCGGUUCAAGCCGACCAUCGACGAGUCUUGAGUUCUGGCCCGAUGAUGCAAAGGGAAGACGUAUUUUGUCGAGAGAGUACGGCGAAGAUGUCGAGGGAUUAGGAUUACCUCGUCCGGCGCCUCUUGACCGUUCUAAUUCAUACCACGUGUUUGAUUAUCAAAAAAAACCCUUCUCAUUUGUCCAUGGCGAGAUUGAGGAAGACGCAUUUUCCACGACGUUUGUCCGAGAGGGCUCGAGAGAGGUAUCCAGGACAGGGGGCUCCUGCGCUGAAUAAUCGAGCGCUUUCACACGUGGAUGGAUGUGUUGGUGGUCUUCUUCAUGAUGGAGGGUGUACCAACAAGCACCACUUUCCUCUCCCUCUCUCUCUUCCCGCUUGCCGCGACUGAUUAUGCGAAGCGAAACGCGGAUAAAGCAGGCAGCUAGGCAGGUAGGGGGCGCAUGGUGCAUACACAACGGUGGCGGAAUCAUUCGAUUGGAGCAUGAGCGAGCGUCACAUCAUUAUCAUAGAUCGAUCGAUAGAGCAUAGACUGUAAAUCAGAUCCGAAGCCGACGGGCCGGUAUCAUCACACUCCUCUUCAUCACUACCAACAGACCAUC